UGACUGUUUUGCAUUAGGAUACACGGUGGUAAUUACAUAUAUUACAUCAAGUAAUGUCUCAUGACACACAGACUUCUGGACACCAGAGGAGGGAUUAAGUGCCUGGGAGGAAUAGCAAUGCCGAUCAACCGGUCACAACAGCCCUGAGCCCUAUAUCUUGAUAACGUAAACGAAGAAAUUAAUCUGUAGUCAAAAUCAGUGUGCAAAGAAACACCUCAGACAGCAUUUCACCAAAUGAUAGGUUGUAUAUUGGCAAAAUAGAUCAUUAUAACGACUAUAGAAUCUGCGAAAUGCUUACUUUAAACGAGAUUGUUGAAACCUCUGUAAUAUAAAUGUGUUUGUCAGUAGCCUGCCCCGAUUUAAAAACUGAUCAUACGCAAAUCAAGCUCGUGCGUAUCGAAUCAGUUAAGAGACAUAAGAACCAUAUACAGGUGAUAAUGGAAUAUUGCUACACUGUACAUAAAUAUGGGAAGUUGAUGAUGGAGAAGCUCAAGUCAUACGUCUGCAUGGUUUAUUCCGUUCGGGAUCCGCUCUUCUCUUUCUCACGCGCACGCGCUGAUUAUACAUGUAAAAUUCAAGUUGUCUCGGUUUAAAAUUCCAUAUUAAUGUGUCACUUUCGUCGAUUUUUUAAAUUAAUCACGUUAUAGAUAAAGAAUAUGUUCAAAUAUGAAACGUACAGUAAGGUACAAUGUUAUUUAUAUUAAAAGAAAAAGACAAUUUUUUCCCGAGUAGCCGAUAUCAAUGGACAAAAAUCAAGUCUAUAAUUAUUAUAUACAUGUAGUAGUAUAGAUGUAAUGCAAAAUGUAUCUUAGUCUAUAACUUUAAGCAGAGAAGUUUCGGAAAUAUUGUACCCUUACAUAUAUUUAGAUAUCCAUCUUAAUCACUUUUGUAUAUAGUAGGCAGAGAAAUGUUUAUAGUUUAUGACACUGUUUUUAGAAUACGUUUUUAAAUACAUGUGUAUAUUGUAGUCCGAGAAAAGUUGUCUGCUUUGAUGGAAUAUUUAUUCUUUACUUACACUAUUGAAAAAAACAACAACAUUUAACUCAACGAUUUCAUGCAGCAUUAUAUUUUAACAAAAACCUAUAUAACAUGCCUUCAAUAAAAUUGUGAAUUUCACAACAUACUUGUCAAUGUUUUUAUCAUCGAUAAACACGAACAAGUUUUACAUAGAUUACACACUUAAACUGAUUUAUUAAUAAAUGUCCCUGCAAUUAACAUCUGUUUCCUUGUUCAACUGAAACCAUGUUAAAUCAUUACAUUGUAUCAUAUUUUUCGUGUUCAUGCAGUUCCCAGCAAUCUAUUUCACACGCAUUGUUAACAGCUUGUUUCCGUUGCGAAUUCGUCGAAGAAGCACGUGAUUGUUUACUUAUGGAGCAACAGUGUCCUGCAGAGUUUGAAUGGAAUGCAACAUUACAGAAAUGUGUCCCGUGUAGAUCGGGAUAUUACGGACAGAAUUGCUCUAAAUCAUGUACACCACCUUUCUACGGUGAAGGCUGCCAAAAGAAAUGUGUAGAUUGUGAUCUAAGUCAAUGUGAUGUGUCCAGAGGAUGUCCAGUAUACACAGAGCCACAAGUAUCAACAAAAGUGACAUAUAUCCAAACAACUGAAAAGGGGAGCACAAGUGUCAUCACUGAAGAAACCAGCAUUGCUUUAUCACAGGCGACGUCCUCCUCCAACGAAGUGAUUUCAAGCACACCUCACGUGCCUACCACUUUUCAUACAGAAACCACCACCAAAUUCCUCACGUUUGGAUCUACUGCAGCAACACCAUCUUUCUUUGACUCUUAUUAUCCAAUUUUACUCGGCAUAUUUGGAGUUUGUUCACUUUUCCUCAUCAUCUUUACUAUUUAUGUAGGCAUCCAUGUACACACUAAAUGUUCAAAGAGGAAAGCGUCAAAACAACGACAAAAAACAAGUGUUGAGCCUAAUGAUGUAUACCAGGAGAUAAGUGAGCUGGGUACAUUAGGGAAUAUAACUAGAUAUGACCCUUUGAAUAGUAACAAACCAACAACUAAUCGAGAGUACCAAGCUGUAGUUUCUAGUUCUCAUAUUCAAGUUUCUACGCCUAGCUUCAGUAUUGAAAAUACCAGUGGAUAUUCAAAGGUAGACGAUAAAGACCAGGUACUUUUACAAUCACAUGAAAUUGUUCCAUCGAUAUCUGUGAAAGAAUCGAGGUAUAUAUCAAGUCCUACCUCACAGCGAAAACCAAAUCGAACAGAAUGCCAACCGAAAAUAGACAUGAACAGAAAAAGUCCACCACGAGAUAAAGACGAUUACAUUCUACCCACGUUUGAAGGUUGUAGGAAAGAAAUUAGUAUUAGUGGUAGUCCUUGCACUUCCUCAUUAUUGUCGUCAAAUGAAACCCAUUCAGACAGCGCAGAGACUCCUGGCGUAUAUAGUACGAUAAAUGACGAUACCGUUAAUGAAUAUUUGAUCGUCAUACCAAACUGAUGACGCCUUCGAUGUAAGCUGUGAUAUGUAUAGUACAGCUCCUUUAAUCUUCCCAGGUACUGUAAAUGCAAAUGGUCUAGAAAUGAACCUCUUGAGAGAUGACGAAGAUAAAUCAACGCAUUGAAGGAGAUAGAGUUCAGGAGACCAAAUUCAUUUUGUUAAAUGUAACAUCCCAUAUUCAAAAUAAAAUUUCUACAUGGCUA